UCACCAUGAUUUUGCGUUUGUGUUUACACGUGGUGAGGAGUUUCCAUCUUUGGUUCAGCAGUUAGUACCAAUUGUUCUUACUCUUGUUUGAGAAUCAACUGUACAAGUUUAGGUUUUUGAUGGCGUUUGACGUUGUUAAAUUGAUUUGUGUUUGUUGUUUUUUUGGGUUAUCUUUUAUAUGAUGAUGUUUAGCAUACCCUUUGGUGAUGGAAGUUGGUUUACAAAUGAAGCUACCAUGUUGUUUGGUUAUCUGGACAGCAGUAGCCUAGUGUAUGCCUUUUAAACACAAGAGAGUCGCGGCGGCCAACUCCUCUCGUCAUAUCUGGCGAUUGUCAAUCGCAAUAUGGAAGGCUCCAAGAAGGGAACUUCGAAGGACACUAUGUCAAACCUUGAGAAACUGCAAGCCGACUUCGCUGUGUACCUCAGGCAUAAAUACUUCUCUGGAAAAGAUAUCGAAGGAGGUGAACCCCCAUGGCCACAAGGGUUUGGCAACGCCUGAAUUUAAACCCUUGGAAGAUGAGAUUUCCACUACGUCCCUCUUAGGCUUGCUACAACCCAAGUGGUUGAUUUCUUAUCUUUUGAAUUCACUUCUCAAUCUUGCAGAGGAAAUCUUUGAGGAAAUUGCAAAGAUAGGCGGAAUGACCAUCAAGGGUAGCCGGUUUCCUCCUACCAGCUCUUAUGAAGAUCCCGUGGCUUAUCGAAAUGGUUUCACUGCCUCAUGUGUUGAGGUUGAAAAGAAUUUACUUGCAGACCUUGUGGAUGAGGAAAACAGGAUUCCCAGACUUGAGUAUCCUGUUAAGCCAGCCAGGAAUCAAGUUGAGCCGUUGGGCGUGCAGGAUACAAGCGAUGACAGCUCCGACUCUCUGCAAGAAAUAUCAGCCGAUGCUUGGAAUGAGGUUCAGUCAGCCAUUAAGCAGGCCAAAUCUGGGGUAGGACCAUCCCAGAAACGUCCGUAAAUGAUGGCUUUCGAUGGAAACAAGCAUACGAAGACGACCCAUGACUGAAGGUUCGACUUAUGAUGGUUGUUUCCAUCCAAUUGACCAAACAUCGUUUGGCGACCGCGAUUUCAUCACCUAUUUAAAGUGACCGUGAUUUCAUCACCUAUUUAAAGCGACCGUGAUUUCAUCACCUAUUUAAAGUCUAGAGUCUUAAAAUAAUCGCAAUCUUUCGAGAUGCGGAUCUGUUGUCUUUCGUGUUGUACUCUAUUUUCGACUUUGGAUUAUCCUUGUAAUGUCUGAAGUCUGGUUUUGAUUUUGCACACCCUCUUGCCUGGA